GCACCUUUUCACAAGGUGGUUGACCUCAGCAGUUUCUCGGGAGUUCUUAUCUGUGCUGCGAAUGAUGUUCGAGAUGGACUUAGUUAGCGUAAGGCCCGGGACUGCAAAGCUUAAGAUAGGACGAAUCCUCCUGCGUGCUUACGACCAGUAUUACAAAUCACAUAUAUGACCUCACUGAACUCUAGCAAAGCUCACAAAGAUUGAUAUCUCGCUAGCUACUCAAUCUGUGUAGAUCUAGCCUGGGGAGAGGAAUCGAGGAGAUGAUGGCUUCUCUACAGCUUACUGAUUCAGAAGCCGAAAAGGCAUGCCGUGGCGAGUGUUGGCAUGGCGUGCAAGAUGCAAGGGAACGUAAACGAAUACGUAAAGCAAGGUUCAAAGCCCUUGCACAACACCAACAUCAACAACAUCACCAGACGCCCAAUACCAGCGAGGUAGAAGGAUCAAAAGACGGAGAUGACGAUCCAUUCUGCCACAUCAUGGACACUCUCCCCCCUCUAGAUCCGGCCUUGAACAUAGCAACUUACUCUCCAUCCGAAGUCGUGAGUUCAAAGCCAGAAGACAUGUUUGCCAUCGUGCCACCAACCCUCGACCCUUCAGAUCAAGUCGCCGCGACCGCACUGCCCGCACACUAUGCACUGUUCCUAAACGGCGACAUCCUAGGCCUGACCUGCGGCAUGUCCGCCCCAUCUCGCUCACUUACGCCCAUAGAGAUAGUACCCGCAUCACUCUACCCGUCGAUGUUGCAGCUCGUCACGGUCCACAAGCUGUGGAUCGAUCGGUUCCCGUUUCCUCGGUUCAGAGAAAACAUGCUGAAUCUCAGCCCUGUGAUUGAUGAUGAGCAGUUUCUCCGUGACCUGUUCGGGCUGGACUCUGGCAAGUCCUUUUGCGUCAGGGAGGGCGGGAUGAGCUGGGAGCCAAGAGACUGGUUCAUGGGAAAGCAGAUGAGCGAGAAAUGGGGAUGGUUGUUCUACUAAGUGAAACAACAAGGCAGCCAUGGGUUCUACUCAGUUAUGUUCUCCGCCCUCUCAAUAUGGAGAACGAACUCUAGCAAGCCACGAUUCAAGGCAAGAAUCAACCCUUCAGCGGCCUCCACUUUCAAGACCUCAAGAAAUUGAAGAUUUUACUAUAAAAUUCGCUGCCAUCCACU